AUGUCCUACUCUGAUUUAGGGCAUAAGUUGGAACAGGAUUUCAAGUAUAAUAACAAUGUCGAGCAGGCAGAUGUAUAUAUACGCAUGGGUGGGUAUCCGCAAUACCGUUUAACCUGUCUAGGUUUCCUUCGCAAACUGUACUCGAUCUUGGCUGUGCAGCUUCUUGUCACAGUUACUACGGGGGCGAUCAUGUUUCCCUUUAGGAGCGAGAUAGCUGCCUUCCUUUUGCAAAAGUAACAAACUCCACUUAUUCGUUCACCUGUAGUUCUUUUGCACCAAUAUGCCUUGUAUUGGCCUCCUUCGCAUUACUAAUCGCGAUGUAUGCAAAACGUUACGAAAGCCCAGCCAAUCUUAUUUUAUUAUUUAGCUUCGUAAGUCUUCUGGUUCUUAUAAUAAUUCCUGCAUUUCAGACAAUCGUAGAGGCUUUGAUUGUGGGUAUGGUAGGUAAGUAUUAUUGAUUUCUGUCAUUUCAGUUCUACCGUACCAAAAUUGACACUCCCCUUCCAGCUUGGGUGCCGUGGAAGAACCCUCUCAUUUCCUGUGUUCCUAUUUGUGACAGCUAUAUGUACUUGGUUUCCGUCAUACAUGAGAGAAUGAGCGCUUAGGUAAUGCGGCUAAUCAGACAUACUUACGUUAUGUAUGGGCAGGGUUAAAUCCAUCUUUAGUAGACGUGGAUAUGCGGCAGGUGACGUUCUUUUAAAAUGAUUUAAUGCGCUGUAGCGUGUAAGUAGAUCCAAACUAAGUCUGAACCUCCGCGUGUAUUCUAUUCACGCUGUCACCGUUGAGCCGCAGUCCAUUCCGGCCAUGCUCGUUAAUGAGCAGCAAUCAUUCCUCCCCCUUACCUCAAUCUUUAACCACAAAAGCCCUAACAUCUUCUGCAUGACCUUUUAAACUUGUUUAUUUAUUAUUUCGGUUAAGUCGUUCACUUCGACUCGUCAGUCAUUCUCCAAGCUCUUGUGAUCACGUCGGCCGUUGUUUGCAGUUUAACGGCCUAUACAAUGCAGUCAAAAAGGGAUUUCUCGUCAUGGGGCGGUUUACUGGGCUCCUUGCUGCUGGCCUUAGUCGUUGGCGGUCUGACUAAUGUAAGUUUGCAUUUUUUGUUGUCCUCUUUAUCGUGACAAAAGACCGCUCGGGCGGAAAUCUUUUUCUAUUUCGACUGUACAAUUAUUUUCGGUGUCUUUUCUGACAAGGGGAUGUAGUAUCGAUAGUUAUGCUUGUCAGGUCUGUGCUCCGGCCAUUGUGAAGUGUGCAUUUUGAACCUUUUUGCCUGUUACAACCCACUAACACGUAAGGGAUGCUAAAAGCGUUUAAUUCCGUAUCUCGCAAUCGAUCUUGAUUGAACAAACUCGUUCCCUACGCUGCCGAAGUAGGCUACUGCCCACAGGCCUUAUGCAUUGUCCGAUGUGGCAUUUAUUGGUAGUUGCCAAUAUACUCACAAAAGUUCUAAACAUGAAUGCACGGACACAAUGAGUUUCGGUAUUUUUGACACCGAAUGCGCCCAUUUAGUAUGCAAGAUUUUGUUUCGUUGUGGGCAAAAUAGGAAGUACAUAAGUGUAAAAAUGUGCCUGGCAUUCAAUGGGAGUAAUUUUGCAACGAGUUUGUGCGUUGUACCUGUUUGCCAGGCAAUUACACUUCCGACUAACAUAAUGUGUCUUUGAUUCACAACCCUAACUUCACCUUGGUAACUUGCCAGCGUCGUGACUCGCAAUGAUAGCAACUUGUUCCACGCGUCCAGACUGACCACCAAAUAAAUAAUUCCAAUAUUCCUGGCCUCAGGAAUGUGUUUUCUUGAGGCUAUGGCACUUGCGUUCACAAAACUCGCCGCUCGUUUUGGACCGAUUGACUAAGUACACAUCUACUAAAUUACAGCUUUGUCACGUACUUUCUGAUCGGUUUCUUUCUGUUUUUAAAAUAAGCGGGAGAGUUUGCACUGUAGUGCUUUCUUCGCACUUUGACCGUCCUUCUGCUUGUUUUCCAUUUAAAUCAGUGCCUUUCUCUUCUCAACUGAAGUUCGAGCAUGCCUUUGGGCACAGGACUGAUUUUAACUUCUUGACCCACGCAGCGGACACCGUAACGGCAUUUUAAUUUUUAUUGUGUCGGUUGCGAUUGGUGAUUAUUUAGUCGGUUUUGGAACCGGGAAUAUUCAGGAGGACAUGGUACGCGUAAGCUCCCCAGUGUUGCCAGAUCCAAAGCUAGUAAUCUAAUGCGUAAAGUGAUGGUAGCGCGUGAAGUAUUAUCAAUUUUCAUAACGCAGCUUUGGCUUGCGAGCUUUUUACAGGUCACCAAUUCACCAGAUCAGUUAUCUGUCAUCCCUUACGAUAUUGCCUCUUCGUGGUCUACGACUGCUUAUUCAUUCUACUAA